AUGGCUAGCUCUGCUGUCGCGUGUGGGCUGAAAAUCAAGGAUUUAGCGUUCAAAUACUAUGAUGCUCAUAACGAUCUUGACCCUCCUGAUGUCCACGAGAACGGCUAUGUUAAUCCAUGGAUUUGUCCAUACUCAAAGGUGAAAGUUGGAAGACUGGAUUUCGUCCGCGAGCUCAUUACCCAACUUGAACGGCGGUCAUACAGUCCGGCUCUGGUUCAUGUUGGUCUGGAUGUUUUAGGCAAGUCAUGCAGAAAAGAUAACGAUUAUCCAUCUCUUGUUGAUUUCCUUGAAUCUGACUUGAUCGCCUGCAUGAACUUGAUACCCAAGACGUGUACCCCCAAAUCACUUACGGUUAGUUCGUUUGACUCCGAUGCUGGUGACGGUGACAAGAUUGCUCAGAUUGCAAUUCGCAUCAAUACCUUUGUCCAGUCGUUGUAA